AUGGCAGAUGGAGGAAGUGAUGAUGAAGUUAUUCAUCUCAGAAGUUUCAACAUUCACCGCAGUCAAGGUUCCCGGCGGCGGCGGCAGAGUCAAAGGGAGCUGAUCACUAUUUCUGAUGAUUCCGAUGACGAGUUUCUGCGACCUUCUAGUCCUGUUUAUGUUCCUGAUGACGAUGAUGUCAGCAUACUAGGGUGUAAAACUCCGGCUCGCAAACAAGUGAUUCGCCCAGCAGCAAAAUGGACUGGUUCUUCAUUUAACCAAAAUCAAGGAUUAAUGGAGCAUAAAGGGCUGAAUGAAGCUCAAAAUGACCCUUCCUCAUCUACUGCCUCUACCUCUAGAGAUACUAUAACCACUUCUUCUAUGCCGAGACCGGCCAUCCCACCAACAGAAGCAGCCCCGCAGUCUGGUAACUCGGGGGUUGGACAGCCUGCCCCUGCCCUUAGCCCUGGCCCUGGCCCCUCAACCACUCGUCCUACCCUUCACAUAGACUCACUGCGACAUGCACAGUCUGCUAAACAAACCUCAACAAUGGUGCAGGCUAAUGCCACCUCAUUAGGACCAAUUGAUGUCCGGCCAUGCACAUCUGGGCUCUCUCGGUCUGGAACCACGCCUCAAGCUAGUACCUCCAGUGCCUCAUGCCAGUCCUCUACACUGGCAGGCCCAGUGACACAGUUAAAGACUGGAACAGGAGUUGUAAGCCAAGGCAAUCCUCAGGCCAGCACUGCAUCUGCGCCACUACAGCCCAGCACCUCCAGGGAGGUACCUUCCAAUCUGACACAGACCAAGACUGUAGGGAUACUCGUGUUUCCCCAGCAGCCGAGGAGUCCAGUCUCUACUCUCAUCACACUGCCUCACAUACAGCACCCAGGCCCAUAUCCAAACAGACCUGCCCAAGUCCAAGACCCAGGGGCGGUCCCUGCGGUGGUGGAAGAUAUUCCUCGAAUAGAGGACGCACGGCCGGGUCCCUCUGCUCCAAGAGACAGACUGGUGCAACAGCCUGACGUUAAAGAGAUGGUCGCAAAAGUGUUGGAUCUAUUUCCUGAUGUCCAGGAAGCCUUUGUAGCAGAACUGAUAGUAAAGAAUAAUGUGAAAGACUUGAAUGUCAUUUGUAACCAGCUGUUGGAGAACCCUCAGUAUCCGCAAAGAGAGAUUGCAGCAGCAUCCAGUAUCCUCCUGGAACCUGGAGACGCCCAGCCUGAGGAGACUGAGGACCUGUUCGACUACUCUAAGCUGGCCAUUGUAGGACAUGGAGCUGUAAUGCAAGCUGCUGAUUUGCUUAUGGCGGAUUUCCGGAUGCUCAGCUGUCAAGACAUAAAGUGGGCCCUCAACGCCUUGAAGGGACACUAUGCAAUCACACGCAAGGCCUUAUGGGAAUCUCUGAAGAAGUGGCAGAACUCAGGUGAUCCAUCAGGGAAAAGGCGACGGAGCAGAACCUCCUCAGAGCGCCACUUCAUUGAUUUUCAUUUUGAACAUGGUUCUGUCAAACUUGAGAAGAGAAUGUACUACUUGGAACAAGACCGGCGGUUUUGCAGAACAUACAUUAAUCUUGAGCCGUCUGUGCAAAAGGAGCUUUCCUUUUAUCAACAGAAAGCCAAGGAAUGGGCAGAGCACGAGGACUUCCUGUUGGCUCUACAGGUCAAUGAGGAUGAGUAUAAAAAAGAUGGUCAGCUAAUUGAGUGUGGCUGCUGCUAUGGGGACUUUGCAUUUGAGAAGAUGACCCAGUGUUCUGAUGGUCAUCUAUUCUGUCAUGAGUGUCUGGUCAACUAUGCUCAGGAGGCUGUGUUUGGAUCUGGAAAGUCACAGUUGAGCUGCAUGAGUGCGAACUGCCCCUGCUCAUUUCCGGUGUGUGAGUUGAACAAAGUGUUGCCUGAGAAUAUACUGUGUAAAUACUACGAGCGGCAGGCGGAAGAGGCCGUCGCUGCCACCUGCGCCGAUGAACUGGUCAGAUGUCCGUUUUGUAGCUUUCCAGCCUUGUUGGAUAAAGGCAUCUCCAGGUUCAGCUGUCCCAACCCCCGCUGUCGCAAGGAGAGCUGUCGAAAAUGCAACGUGCAGUGGAAGGAGCACAUAGGGAAGACGUGUGAGCAGGUGCUGGAGCAGGACGAGAUCCGCAUGAGGGUGCUUUUUGAGGAGAGAAUGACUGCGGCACGAGUAAGAAAGUGCACAAAGUGUGGGACAGGCCUUGUGAAGUCCGAGGGGUGUAACCGAAUGUCGUGUCGCUGUGGGGGCUUCAUGUGUUACCUCUGCCGAGACGCCAUCAGUGGCUACAACCACUUUUGUCAGCACGCCCGCUCCCCCGGUGCACCCUGCCGCCACUGCCGCAAGUGCUCCUUGUGGACGGACCCCACGCAAGAUGACGAGCGAAUCAUUCAGGAGAUCCAGAAGGAAGGGGAGGCUGAACUCAAGAAGAAGAGUGCAGAUCAUUCAGGGAAGAGGGUCGGCCCCCCUCCAGAAGCGGCGGCUGAAGCCAAGCGUCCUCGUGUGGGACCUCCUCCAGACCCAGCGCCUGUGCCCAACCCGGUGGUUCCUAAUCAGCCACAGGCGGUGCAGGCUCCACUGUUUGUGCCUCCCCGUGGUCGGUAUGCCCACCCCCCCCUGGCUCCCCACUUAGAAGAGCGGGUGGUACUGCCCCGGAUCCUCCCUGAGCCCUAUGCCCCCCUACUGCAGCUGCAUAUGAACAAUAACCAGCAGCAGCAGAGGCGGCAACAACCUCCAGAUCCACAUCACUUCCUACAUCACCAUAACUGGGACAUGAUGCCAAUGCACUAUGGACCUCACCACCGCUACUACAGGCGAUUUUAA